UUCCUCGACCUCAGCGAGGAACACACGUGGGAAAAGCUUACUGCGCAUGCGCGGAUAUGGGCUGCAGCACUGGGCACUGGGCAGCAGCAGUGACUAGACAAGCGCUUUAUCGACACAAGCUGAGUACAGGUGCCGAAUAACCCAGCAAAAUGCUCUUUUAAACAAUCACGCGUCUCAUCCCGAAGCCAGAGAUGUGAUGAGGAGUGAGAGUCCAAUGUUGCAUUAGUCUCAUUGUGAUAUGCUGGCCUGUCUGCCGGUAUCAAACCCCUCCCUCCAGCUUCUCUCGCACACGCAGAUGAACACUGGACUUCAGAAAUGGGACAAUACACAGAGGAUGAGAUCAGCACACUAUCCUACCCCAGCGGAUUUGGAUGCCUAUGCUAAGAAAGUUGCCAAUAACCCACUGACUAUAAAAAUCUUCCCCAAUAGUGUCAAAGUACCUCAGAGGAAGCAUAUUCGCCGCACCGUCAACGGUCUCGACACCUCCAGCCAGCGCUACAGCCCCUACCCACCUCAGGUCAACACCCGGACGGGCCUCUUGGCCAUCGUCAAAGUCCCCGUCAAAGGGAUCCUCAAGGACAUCGAAGGCGGCCGAGCCCGUUUUCUCCCUAAGCUCAUCAUGAACCCGCACAGUGGGCUUUACGCCAAUCCCAGCACUUUAAAUGUUCCUCACACUGUUCCACACCUUCAGACUCCUUUAGGCCAGAAGAGUCUCGCUCACUCUCAGGCCUUGCAGGCCCAUCCGCAGUCCCUGCAGCAGAAGAGCAGUUUACAACCACAGCAGAGCCUGGCCCACCAGGAGGCUUUACAUCAGAGCCAGGCUCACCAACCGCCAGUACCGCACCACACCCUAAACCGCCAACAGACUAUCAUGCAGCAGCAGCCACAAUUGCCUGGUCCGCAAGGACUCCGGCAUCUGCCAGAUAUGGCGCAGUCGGUGCACCUGCAGCACUCCCAGGGCUUCUCUCAAUCCCAGCCCAUGCCACAGGCCUCUUGUGCCGGCCCUCUGGCCCCCGGGGUCUUACAGCCCACCCUGGCAGGCUUGCAGAUGCCACGCAAGCUGCCCGACGCCGAUGCCCCUCCCAAUGUGACUGUGUCUACCUCAACCAUCCCGCUUUCCAUGGCUGCCAGCCUGCACCAGAACCGGCCCAGUGACCUGAGCAGCAUCGUCAAUCAGAUCAACCAGUUCUGCCAGGCUCGAGCCGGCAUGGGCUCUACCUCCAUGUGUGAAGGACAGAUCGCCAACCCCAGUCCCAUCAGCCGCAACCAGCUCAUCAAUGCGAGCUCUCGGGUGUGCACCCAUCCCGGUGUGGGUCCUCCACCUUCUUGCAUCCUUGGUAAUGCUGAUAAAGUCGGUCCAGCUCCCGCUCUGCCACUGCCUGACAUCGCUGCCAUGAACAGGAUGCCUCUUUACCACAAUGACAUGAAGCAGCAUCAAUCCCAGCCACAGUUACCCCACCAACAAUGUCAGCAGGGACCUUGGGGGCAACACCAGUUGGCGCACCUUCAGCACCUUCCGGAGGGAGCGGCUCACCAGGGCAAGAAUCUCCCUAGAGAGGCCCUAGUUGGACCGGGGUUCCUCACCAAGAACAUGGGCUACCCGCAGGAGGUGUGCAUGGCACAGCCCUUCAACUUGAAGCCCUCAACUGAUAAACCAACACCAUCUCCUCCGGUCAACGGGAUGCACAUGAGUUACAGUAACGGCCACUACAUGCAGCCUCCCUGGAACAACAUCCUACCCACGCCAAACAGUGACAGCCCAGGGUCUCAAGACAUGGUGGGGCCGUUCCACGGGGGCCUCUCAGGGGCCUCCAUAGACUGCACCCCCAGAGCACAGUACAGGACCGGGGCAGCCAUUUCCAGUCAGACGAACCUGAUGCAGACCAUGGAGUACAUGGGUGGUGACUUCCAGGCACCCUGCUUCCGAGCGCAGAAUCCUGGCACAAUGGCAAAGAUGCGUAGAGCAUCAGUCAGCAGGGCCACAGAUUCAGGUGAUAAUAGAAAUGUGCACAUCCACCAUCCAGGGUACAGAUGAGCUACGGCCAGUUGACACUAGUCAUUGUUAUUCUGAGUGCAAGGGAAAAAAAUUCCCCUCUUCCCGUUUCGUUCUCAGUCUUGCAAGUGAUCUACUGAAUGUUUCCAGUACAAUGAUUUAUGUGGCUACCACAAAGCUGAACCCCCAUGUGCCACUUUUUUCUUUUAAUUUUAGUAGUUUAGAUUGCUUAAAUAAGUAGCUUUUGGAAAAGCUGUACGCAUUUAUUUAUUUUAGUUUGUUUAUUUGAAUAUUUUUUUCUUUCCAGAAAACAGUCAUAACAGCUUCAGUUUAUGAUAUCAGCACUGUUUUUUUCAGCAUUCCUAUCUGGUCUGUGUUAUACAAAUGAAAAAUGUACCACACAACACGCAUAUAUUUACUUUCUCUUUUUGGUUAGCAAAUGUCCAUUAUUUAAAAAGCUGAGAAGAAAUUCCCAGCAAAUGCCAUUUGUAUGUAGUUGAGGCCUACUUGAGAUUUGAAGUACUAACUCAAUGAAGACAUUUAAGGGGUGCCAUGAUACUGAAAUAUUUGGCUGUUCCAUCUAAGCUAACAGCUUGGACAAUGUAUAGAGGUUGAUUUUAUUUUUGUUCCUCAAUGUUUACAUAUUGUGCUUUUUGUAACUAAUUCUGAAUCGAUAUGAAAGUGCAAACUGAUACUGGGAUAUGCACAUAUGACAAGACUGUUUCUUUUUCAGACUGUUGAACAUGAAUCAGGUUAAAGUCUUAGAUGGAAAUGUUACACUAGGGCUGAGUCAAGCCACAUUGUCUACAAUGUUAAUCCUUCCCUUGAAGUGUCAGCUAAUGCACUAUCCUUUUUAUUCCCUCUUUUUUUCUCGAGUAUCCUAUUAGAUUUCAGUUUAAAUGGAGACUGCUGUAAACUGAAAUUGCUUCGGGACUUGUGCUGUGCCCUAAUUGCAUAGAGUAGGGUUUUAUUUUGUCUCUCAAUUUAAUUGUUACUACUUGAAUUUCAUUGGAAAGAGGUAGUGACGGCAGGCUUCGACUCACUACAGGACUUAAGUUUAGCAGCCGACCCAAAGCUACCUUUGGGAAGAGUGUCAUCAUCUGCUCGUGCGUUAGUCCGUCGUUGAAGGAAAGACGUCCUUGACCGUAAUUGGAUGACGGAAGUGUGUUGAUGUAAGCGCAAUAUAAAUGAGCACCACGGGCUAGCCUGUGGCUUUACUGCUGUGCUACUGUAACUUAGAGGUGUGAUUAGCCGGUGUGAAUGCUGUGUGUCAAGGCAGAUUGGCUCACUGCUUUUGCUCCAUCAUUAACACCAUACCGCUCUUCCCUGGCGGGAUCACUUCCAUCUCCGUCACACGCUGUUGUGUCUGCGGAAGCCUGCCACUGCAUUUUCCUCCCACUUUAGGCACUUGAUGUGUCAUGUCGGUCUUAUCUAAAAUAGCUGAAAUGCACCGCCGGUGACAGUCUAGGUCUGUUCGACGGGAAAUAACCAAAACAAAAGACGCAUUUUAAGUUGAGUUGUUCUGUGAAUUCGAUAAUUGAUCCAUCCCAUGCUCCACGGUUUAAAUCCCAUGGAGAGUUUCUCUCUUUCUCAGGUCUACCUGUGCCUCUUCUCACGUUCUCCCUUGACUUUUACAUCGACUGAGUCUCUCCACCUUUGUCAGGGCAGGCCAUCUGGCAGUGGAGCAUGGGUAUUGUCAGACUUUGGUGGAGCAACUGCAGAUGAGCGAGUGGGUGGAGCCGUGACUCCCAGUAUCAUAACCUCCCCGUUUGCCCCUCAGAAGCCUUAAAUAUUUGAUCCUUGAACUGUCCUUGACAAUAGGCAUGGUGUAGAAUAUAAAUUAAUGAUAUUUAGCUACAUUUGUUUAGUUUUUUGUGAAACCGUAAAUCGGGGGAGCAAACUCCCGAAAGGAAGAGGUUUCUUUUGUAUUUAGCAAUGUAUGUGUAGUACUGGGCUGUAACAGUUUUGCAUUCACACCACAUCAUGUUAUGUUUCCCCACACUAGCAUCUUUAUUUGCUCCGUUUACCAUUGCAGCAAAACAUGUUCCAGUCCUUUCCCGUAAUGGGCGAACGCAUUCGUCAGAAACGCAAGCUCGACUAAAAGGUUUGCGUAGAGGCUGAUGUUUUUCAAUAACACCAGGCCUAGUUUAAGUUUUCACGUCAGGAUACGUUGCCCAUGAAGCUGCUAUUUUAUUCCGACUACAAAAAGUUAUUUCUUAUAAAUGUUGUGAGGAUAGAGUUAAGAUCUAAUUUAUAUUAUGCCUUUUUUUGCAAUGCAAUAUUGUUAAUAGGUUGAGCGUCGGUAGGCAUAAUAAGUUAUUCCAUUUGCCUGUCGACCAUGUCGUUGUAAAGCUUGAACGUUUAGACUUCCUGUAUUACUUUUGAUCCUCUUUUCAUGCCUUCUUACAGCUCAAGAGUACAAAGUCAGGUUACUCUUUUAAUAGUUAAUAUCUCUAUGUGAAGUGCCUCCUCUGGGCUGAUGUGGACCGUGUGUAUGUGACCGUAGGGAUGGAAAAUGGACCGGCGCUAGUGCACAUUCCGUAGACGUAGUGCACUGCUCACGAACGGGGGACCGAGCUACUUUAAAAACUACUGAUAUCGUUCAGAAAAAAAAAUGAACACCGUGUGCUGCUGCAGGUGCAAGAUCUGUUCGGAUGUGAAUAGUUGCUGCUGAAUCACUAGUUUAGGUGGCGAGAGCUACGCUGCUGAACUCCCUAGUGUCCUUGAAACAUUCGAAGGAAUGCUCUGGACAGUUCUUUGUCUUUUGGAGCACAUGCACUCCUGCCCCCAUCGCCCCCCUUCCCAAAACAACACAAUGGCAGUUUUGGACUACAGGAGUGUGUGUUAGGAGUUGAGUGUGUCUCAUCUUGUUCCACCAAAGAACAAAAUGUUACUUGAAUGGUAGCAGUGCGCACCUGUUUUGUGUAACCGAAAACUGUCAUUCCAGAUACACAUUUUUUCAGGAACGUGUUGCACAAACAUUCCCCUCUA